AUGCCAGUUAAAUGUAACGAAUAUGAAGCAUACUGCAAAUAUUGUAAGCAAACACUAAAAACAGAAAUUACUGUUUUAAAACUUCACGCACUUGGUAAAAAACACAAAUCAAUUAUGUUGAGUGGACAUAAAAAACAACCACCUGUUUCUCUGUUCACAACGGAAACUGAUUCAGAUAUGAAAAAAAAACAAUUGGUAUCCAUUGCCAAAAUAAAAUUAGCAGCGUAUUUUGCUGAACAUAAUGUGCCGUUUUUAGGAGCCGAUCACUUGUCAGAAUUACUUACGAAAGUAUUUCCUGACUCAGAAAUCGCGAAGAAUAUUAACGUUAACAGAACUAAAACGACAGCGAUUAUUAAAAAUGUAAUUGGUAGUUCUCAAAAGUUCAUUUUAUCUGAGAAAUUAAAAAAACAAAAAUUUAGCCUGAUGACAGACGAGUCAACUGAUAUUGGUACAAUAAAAACUUCCUGUGUAGUUGCAAGAUUUUAUGAUGAAUCUAGUGAAAUGAUAGCAAGCGUUUUUUGGCAACUACACAAUGUUUAUGACACAGAUAAUCCUAGUUCAGCCAGUGCCGAACACCUUUAUAACGAUUUGAUUUCCACGCUUAAUGAGUAUGAAAUACCAUUAACCAAUAUAAUUGGUUUUGGUAGUGAUGGAUGUAACGUUAUGAUGGGCCAACAUAACUCUGUUGUUUCUCGACUGCGUGAGUCAUGUCCAGGCAUUUUUAUAAUGAAAUGUGUAUGCCAUUCGGCCCACUUAUGUGCAAGUGAAGCAUGUAAACAAUUGCCUCAUAAAUAUUUUCAAUUUUCUAAAGAGUAG